AUGACUUCAGAAUCGAAGGAUGAUUCCUUUCCAGAAAAGAUAGAAAAGGAACACUCCAAGAAUGACAUUACUGAAGAUGUUGGUUUGUCAGCCGAAAUCUUGCGUUUACAGCAGAGAAUUAAACACAUGGAAUUUAAUGUUGAUUUAAAUAUCAAAAGAGGACAAGAAUUAUCCGAAAAUUGCUUCAAAUUACUUCGAUCAACUGAAAUGCUCGCUUGUGAUUUCAUUUUUGCCGAAUAUUUAUUAUCUGAUAAUCCAGAUACCAACAAAGUCUAUGUAUUCCUUCAAAAUUGCAUUCAUCCGAAAUUCAACCUUUCAUCAGGAAAGCAGGAAGACUUUGAUAUGGCUACAAAAUAUGUUCGAGAUUUGCAAAAUUUAAUUCAAUCUUGCGCUGUUUCUCUUUUGAGGCCCGAAACCAAACAACCACAAGUACCAAAGAGAGUAUCAGAGUUUGUUACAUUCCUUAAGGAUCAAAAGCACCAACUUCAGGAGGAAAUUUCAGCAAAUGCAGAAAAAGCGGAAGAAGUACUCAAAACAGAAGAUGUCAAACCAGAAAAUAAAGAAAAGGUCGAUAUAGAAUCACCAGAUUUUCCUUCGGUUCUUUCAAAAUGGUUAACAAACGAAUUACAUCUCGGAAAUACACCAGACGACGAAACAAUUGAGCUCAGAUGCCUUAUUAAUAACGUAUCUCGUCGUUUGGCCAAUGUUACUCGUUUACACCACUCAAUUACAGAAAUGAAAGAAAUGAUUAUACCAUUUGAUCAAAUUGACUACACAGAUUGCGAUGCCCCAGCUCUUGUUAACUCUCCUUUCUUUUCCGGCGUCAAAAGUUCAUGCAGUUUCCUUGUAAACGCUCUAAAAGCCAUGCAAGCUCAAAAAAAGAUUUUACCAGUGUUCCAACAGAAUUUAGAGCAGUGCCAAGAGCAUCUAACAACGUUAUGCAACAAGGCACAAGAUGCUGUCAAAGAAAUGGGCAAACAAUUAUCACAUAUGAACGAUACAGUUGCCAGAAAAGAAGGCGAAAUACAAAAGAUGAAAGAAGAACUAAAAACAUUUGUUGACCAAGUUUAUGCUGAACCAAACUUAGUUUCCUUCUCAAACAACGAGAAAGCAGUACAAUGGUACAACGAUUUCGAAGACAAACUCAAGAAAUACAUCAACAGUGAUUCCAGUCUUGAAUCAAGAUUAAACAGCCAAUUAGUUUUGAUACAAGAAUGUCGAAAUGAAAGACAACAAUUGGCAAAAUUAUGUGAUGAACAAACAGAGCUUGUCAAACAGAUCCAACAGAAGAACCAAAGAUUGUUCGAACUCAUUGCUCAAAACAAGAAACUCGAUGAAGAAAGUGUGAUGCAAAAAGAUGAACAAAUGUUGAUGUCGAAAUACGAAAACGCUCUUUCUGCUGUUUUCGAUGGCCUCCAUUUGGAAGAGAUGGCGAAAUGGGCGGACAAACUAAGAGAAGUCGGUGAAGAAUUCAGAAAAUGCGCAGAAAGUCAGAACCAAAUCGCUGAAGAUUUGAAUAGAUACAUUUCUGCUGCUGAAGACAAAAAAGUUUGCGAUGAAAAGAGAAAAGAAAUCGAACAAUUAAGCGAAAUGAACUAUAAAAUGGCCCAAGAAGUAGGAAAUGCAAGACUCGAAUUGGAAAGCGCUAAGGAGGAUAACUUUAGAGCACAACAAGAAGUAGAAAAGUUUAGAGAUUGGAUGCCUGAUUGCAUUGAUAAAAAGAAUUCUGAAGCUGUCAAAAAAUAUAAACAGAUGGCUUUUUGUCCGUUGUGCAAAUAUAAUAGAAGAGACUCUAUCUUAACUACUUGUGGUCAUGCUGUAUGCCAUUCAUGCUUAGAACGCGAUGGACAACAUUUGUGCCCAAUUUGUAAGAAAUCUUUCACAAAGAAUGACAUAAAGCCAUUCUUCUUGCAAUAA